AUGAACGCUUGUUUUACUUGUGAGGAAUCUGGACACACAGCUGGGAUCUACCCAAGAAAGUUUGUUUGGAAUCCAGUUCAAACCCAACAACAAGGUCAUGUGUUUGCCAUGACUGCUGAUGAUGCUAUGCAAUCAAACGCCCUGAUCCAAGGUCAGUGUUAUGUCAAAAAUCAAUUUCUAACUGUACUGUAUGACUUGGGUGCAUCGCAUUCCUUUAUUUCUUUAACUGUUGCUCGUGAGUUGGGACUAGAUUUUUCUGAGUUGAACUUUGAUCUAAUUGUCCAUACACCUGCAUCCCAAAAUGUUUUGACUAGUUUAGUGUGCCUGCAAGUACCGUUCACUAUUAGGAACAGAACUUUUAUACGUGAUCUAAUCUGUUUGCCUCUAUGUGGUUUAGAAGUUAUUCUAGGAUUAGAUUGGUUGUCCAAGUAUCAUGUUUUCCUUGAUUGCUAUGAAAGAACUGCUGUUAUUCCAUUUGAUAGUUUAGAUAUUAAACCGAUUUUGUUUCAUACCUUAUAUCUGAAUUCUGUAAGAGUUACAUUAGACGGGAGUGAUUGUGAGGGGUACGUUCUGUUAGCGGCUAGCUCGAAUGAAAGUGAAUUAAGCUUAGAAUGA